AUUUAUUAUUAUUAUUAGCUUGUGGUACGCUCAGACUCCAAUGUGUGUGGAUCUCGGUGCUAAGCUUUGGCCAAUCAUCUGAGGGACACACUGUUUCUGCUGGACUGUGACUGUCAGCCUGUACACCACUGAGGGCGCGACCAUGGAGGUGCCAGCGGAGAAAGGGCGCGAAGAAGAGCUGCUAGUCUUCGGAUACGCCUGCAAGCUGUUCAGGGACGACGAGAAGGCGCUGUUCAUCGACAGCGGCAAACACCUCAUACCCUGGAUGGCGGACGAAACAUUGAAGAUUGACAGGUAUGACGGGCGUGGCGCUCUCUCCGACCUGCGGCCGCACGAGCCGCCGCCCGGCGGCUACGACCGCUGGCAGGGGCUCACCGAGCGCGAGCGCAAACUGGAGGAGGUGGUCGACCAGGAGCGCUACAUGGCCCUCUACAAGGACGAGGACGAGGAGCGCAUGCUCGAAGAGGAGGAGUGGAAGCGUCUUCAGUCGCUGGCCGGCGACUCUGGCCGCUACAACCAGAUCGGGUUCAGCUAUGGCGCUGCGCCGGCGGCCGGCGGCGCCGGGGCUGCCCCGGAGGCGGUGGCUGCUGCCGCCGCAGCUAUCCCGGCCGUGGACGACGAGCCCUACGAGCCGCCCACGUCGCUUAACGUGCCCGCUGACAUGGCGCAGCCGGCGACGCGGCGGCACGCGGACAUCAUCGAGCGAACGGCGCUGUUCGUGGCGCGUCAGGGGCCGCAGAUGGAGAUCCUCAUCAAGGCCAAACAGUCUGAGAACGCCAUGUUCGACUUUCUGGCGUUCGACGACCCGCUUCAGCCGUUCUUUCGACACAUGGUGGUGAUGAUCAAGGCGGGGCGGUACACCAUCGGCGCGCCGAAACCCAACGAAGAGGAAGAGGAUGAGGCGUACCUUCACCCGGCGCUGAACCUCAGUCGCCCGGACAUUGCUCCGGGUCGGGCGGACGGCAUGUACCAGCCGUCCGCCAACUGCGCCUACCAGCGACUCGUCAAGAACAUCCGCUCGUCGCGCCAGGCUGCCGACAGUCCGACCGGCAGCGGCACCUCCAGCCCUGUGCCCGCCGCCGCCCCCUCCGCCUCCGCCGCCGACUCGUCAGCGGGCCGCGCGGGCUCGCCGGCCGCCGCUGCCGGUCCUCGGGAGGCGGCCGGGCGGACCGCCCCCGCCACCGCCCCCGCCCUGCCGCCGGCCGACGUCAAACUGAUCAUCGACAAAAUGGCCAGCUAUGUGGCCAAGAACGGCCGAGAUUUCGAGGGCAUCGUGAUGGGACGCGGCGACGAGCGGUUCAGUUUCCUGCGCGACUCGCACGCCCACCACGCCUACUACCGCCACAAAUUGGAGCAGUAUGAACGGGACCUGGGAAAGUCAAAGCCGGCGGCGACAACGGCAGCACCGGCCGCAGCCAAAACUACUGAGGACAAGGGAAACAAACCCGUGCCGGUGUCGUUCUCGAUCCGCGCCAAGUCUGAGAAGGAUUCUGCGCCGCUGGAGCGCAGCGCUCUGCCUCUGGAGGAGAGUGAGGACGAGGAGGGAGAGGAGGGAGGCGCGCAGACCUCACCAGCGGCCGCCGCGGCCGGCGCCACCGCGGAGGCCAACGGCGGCUCGCGACCGGACAAAGCUGCUGCGGCCGUUGCGGUGACCCCAGCACCAGCACCGGCAGCAGCGGCAGCGGCGGCGCGUCCCGAGCCGACCAAACGGCAGUCUCGACAGGUGCCGAUUGUCGCGCCCGCGCCGGGAGUCGGCAGGGACGAGAUCCAGAUGGACCGCAAACGGCGCGCCGCCCAGUUCCUGGCCAAACUCCGGCAGGACGUGGACAAGAUCAAACAGCCAGUCAUAGGUCCCCAGCUGCCACCGGGUCCGCUGCCGUCCGGCUCUGAGGAGGACCCGGGAGGCGGCUCGGAACCGCCGGCCGCGGCGGAGGGUCCUCCCUCCCGAGCGCAGACAGAGGAGGAAGAGGAAGACUCGGGGGACGAGGCGGAUCUGGACAAGUACAAACUGGUGGACUCCGACUCGCCCCACUCUGUUCCGGAGCUGCCGUCCGGCAGUGGCGCCAGUGCCGACGGUGACGGCUCCGACAGUCGUCUCAGCAGCCCCGCCAGCCGGCGGGACAGCAGCCCCGAAACGGGACGGCGCACCAGCCGGGACCGGAACGUCAGCAGGCGAGACAGCCGCGACCGGAGCGUCGGUAAACGGGACAGCCGGAGUCGCAGCGUCAGCAAACGGGACAAGAGAGAUCGGAGUGCGAGCAAGAGAGAAAGCCGUGGCAGUCCCGUGCCCAGUAAACGGCACAGUCGGGAAAGUCCCGUGCUCAGUAAACGGCACAGUCGGGACAGUCCCGCGCCCAGUAAACGACACGGUCGGGACAGCCCCGCUCUGAGCAGACGGGACAGUCGGGACAGCCCGGCUCACAGAAGGCGGCGCGCGGAGAGCAGGGAGCCCACCGGCAGCCGGCGGCGAGCGGACAGCCGGGAGCGCAGGGAGGAGCGCCGCCACCGGAGGAGGCACAAGAAGCGCUCCUCACACCGGCGGCGACGGGGACAGGGCGACUCGGGCAGCGAGCAGGAGCGACCGGCGUCCCUCUCUCCCGUCCGCUCCCGCUCGCCGCGCCGGCACAAGAAACACAAGAAGAGGCCGCGCAGCCCGCCGGCCUCCUACAAAAGACUGCUGUCGUCCGAGAUCACACCGGUAGAGGAGGAGUCGCGCUGGCGACGGUCGGCCCGACGCGAACCGUCACGAUCUCCGGCACGAAGCAAGCGGAAGAGAUCGCGAUCAUCAAAGAGACAUAAACACAAGUCAAAGAAGAGCAAACGAUCAAAGAGGUCCCGCAGUCGCUCGGCCGCCCGCCUGGACCGUGAGCCGUCCAUCUCGGAGGUGGCUGUGAGCCCGGCGCCGGUCGUCGCUCCGUCUGGCGAUGUGAUUGACCUGACCGGCGGGGACUCGCCGGAGAGGCGGCUCUCUCAGCCACGGGAGGUGCCCAUAGCAGCCGGCUCUCCACCGGCGCACCCCGCUGCGGACCCCGCUCCUGGCGAGGAGUCGGCCGCGCCCGCGGAGACGGAGCCGGCGCCGGCUGCAGAGACGGCCGGUAGCACCCCCCGCGUCACGUCCCCCACGCCUGUACCGUCGGCAGCCUGGUCACCGGCCGGAUCCCGGUCCCGGUCCAGAUCGGCGUCCGGCUCCGGAUCCGAGUCCGGCUCCGAUUCCGGGUCCGGAUCCCGCUCCGGGUCCGCCGCCUCCUCCAGGUCUGGCUCGCCGCGGUCCGUGGGCCGGGCAGCCUCCGGCUCUGACCGGGACCGACCGCCGGUGUCCGGCCCCAAGGAGCGGCCGCUCUCCAACCGGGAGGAAGAGGCCCGCAGAACCCGCGAGGCCUUCGCACAGCUGAAGCGCAAACUGGACCGCCGACGGCCGGCCGGCCCCGCCAACGGGCUGUCGGCGGGGGCGGCGCGGCCGGCGGCGGGCGCCGGGGCGGGCGGGGCCGACCCCGCCAGCAGCAGCCUGGUGGCGCAGAUGGCAGAGGGUCUGAAGGCCAAGGUGCAUGAGAUGAUGAAGGGCUCGCUGCUGGGUAAGUGAACCCUCCGGCCGCGCCGGGCAGGGAGCGACUCCAGCGUGGAUGCCGGUAUCUGCAGCACCCUUGUCGGUGCUGGUGGUGAUGUCAGUGUUCGUACCGGUGUGUGUGUGUGUGUGUCGGGCGGUGUCCCGUUCUCUGACCUUGUGACCCUGUAUGCCGGUGAGCCGUCCGUCGGCUGGCCCGGAGCCGGGUCGGCCGUGGCUGGCACUGACUCCCGCUGUGAGAUUGUGACCGUGCUGUAAUGGGACCGCUCCGUCACCCCUGAUGGUGGGCGGCGGUCCAAAACGAAAUAUAGUAUUUGU